AUGCAGGGGUCCGGGCUGAAUCUGGUGACCACGGUGAUCGGCUUCGGGAUGAGCGCCACCUUCAUCGUCUUCGUCUGCGCGCGCCUCAUCUGUGGCCGCGCCGCGCGGGCCGACGCCGACUCCGCCGACGCCGCCGCGGUCGCCGCGGCGCGGUCGCUGGCGCAGCCACCCGUGCCGUUCGACUUCGACGUCGAGUUCCGCAACGUCGCGGAUCUCGACCGCACGAGGCUGAACUUUUGA